ACUAUUUUUUUUAAAUUUCAAUUCUCUCUCCCCUCCUCACUCGCUUCAUUUAGCUGUACAACAUUCAUUAUGUCUGCCCCUGCUGCUGUUAACCCUGUUCGCAACGUUGCACGUUGGUCUGCUUUGGCUGCCGGCUUGGUCUACGGCUAUGUUCACCAUAACACCCUCGCUGCUCAGGAGAACAAGCGCGCCGAACAAAUCAAGGCUGAACAACGUGAUCGUCUGAUUGCUAAGGCUAAAGCUGAAUGGGUUAGGAUGAACUCCCCUACUGGAGGUGUUGUCACAGACCCUGAUAGUCCCAACUUUGAUCUUGAGAAGGCUUUGAUCCAUCUCUCCGAGACUGCAUAAGAAAAGCAACAACAUCAACAUAGGAUUCUUAUCACUAGCCAACAAUAUAUACUUUUUAGCAUGGAGACGGAGAAGGCGAGUGAAAUGGAGAAAAGAAAAGGAAAGAAAAAAA